UUUAUAUGAUAUACUGUAGCUCUGAGUCACGUGAUACCUUCGUACAAUGGCUCUCGUUUGUUUUGAACACAAUGGCUCUCGUUUGUUUCCGUUUGUUUCCGUUUGUUUGUUUAGAAUUGAUGUAAAUUUUAUUUGAGUUGCCUGUUUGGCCACCGUGACCAACACGCAAAGUGUCUGAUCAAUAUAUUGAUCAGCGACAGCUUGAACACCAUGAUUCCCAACACCAAAUAUGCACUGUCAGGCCAGGGUGCAUUCCAUGUAUGUUACGCCGGAGAUCUCCGGCGUGGACUUGAAAAUGUGGUUGGUGUAUUGGCGUGAGUUACAUAUAAUUUGAUACGUUGGCGUUCAAAUUUUCCAGCCUUCUUUGGCUUCCUGGCGUGUAACAGCCUGUGUUGCAGACUUGUAGACUACACAGAGAUAGAGUCCGAGUGUAAAUAAGUGGCCAACUUUAUAUGCAACACCACUUGCAAGUUCGCAAUAACCUGCUCCGCUGCUCGCAGGCCAUAAGUUGUGUAAUUACUAUUGGGCGAAUACUUCAUGUAUGCUUUAACCUACUACCUUGGACAAAAUAAUACGCAUACAUGAAGUAGGAAAGUUUCCAAAAUCGUGCGAGAAGCCGAGAAUGGCGAUAAGUUGAGAUUCACUUAUUCAGAGAUGGAUAAAGUAAUAAAAGAAGAUUUAAAACGAUCUAUAAGCUCUAAGAAGAUCAGACGGGAGUCAAAAGGUAAACUUGCUGUUAAUUAUUGAAUAAAUAUGCAUAUUAAAUGCAUCAAUUAAAGAGUCAUUAUCAACCACAAUGGCAAUGCAUUUGUGCACAUCUUACCUUCGGAAAUGACAAAUAGCAACAAAUAACAAUUAUAAAUAUUUCUUUGGUGCAAUUUUAGUUAAAAAAUUUAAAAUGAGCAAGUAUAACUAUAGGAUGGUAGUAAUAUAUUAUGGAUUGAAAACCGGAACAUCUAGUAUUAUUCCGCCAUUAAAAUGGCCGCCAAGCAGGUUUGGGACUUUGGGUGCACAAUGCGUUGUGGUUGUCUGCUGGACAAUGACUCCAGGGCCGUGCCAAUCGGUUUCUGGUUGGGGGGGUAUUCCAAAAUGUGGGCCCCUUCCAUUCUAGGCCACCCCAAAAUUUUUCCGGAAAGCAAAAAUUUUUUCGGACAAUGUUUGAAUUAAUUAAAUAGUGCAUGUAUAAAAUUUUAUGCAGCAUUUAAUUGAAUUAUAAUCAAGAUCGCUGAUACUAUCCCUGGACCUAAACUCCAGAGGCAAGGGCAAGACCAGCUUAUAUAACUUUAUUAAUAUAUAAACUGGACCCCAUCCCGGGCAUGUUUGUUGCUUUCCUUCUUCCAUUCCAACAUGUAUGUAAAAAAGAGAAGAAUAACUAGAUUAGAAGAGUAUAUACAGUGUGAGUAAAAUUUCUUGAUUCCCAUUCUUCCAUUUUUGAACUUGUAAAUCCCCCUCAAAACAACAAAUAAUUUAAUAUUGUGUCCUCUUUUCAUGUAUGCUUUUAUAUCAUAUUUAAGAUGGAUAACAAUUGUCAUGUCUGUGACACAAUAGUUGGGCAAGCUCAUCAAUGUGCCAAGUGCCACAAGCAUGUCCAUUUAUUCAAGUGUGGAAAACCUAUUGGAGAGGAGGGCUAUGGACAAAAAGUGAUUUGUAACACAUGCAACACUGCUGAAGGUAUAUUUUCAUAAUUAUUUAAUGCAGGAAUAUAUAGAAUUAAUCUGCACUUAAUAUAGUGUAUUCUAAUUGUCACAUAAUUGUUUUUAAGUGAAGCUAAUACAUGUCAUUCCAGGAAAACCAAAACGUGAUCAGGUAAACUCCACCCAAAAGAGGCAGUUAGUUUGGGAUUGGAAAAAAGGAUCUCGUGCUGAAAAAGUGGAUAUUCCAGAGAAGAGGAAAAAAACAUUGGUGCAAAAAAAGACAAAAAUGCAGAUAAGUACAUCUGUCUUCAAUGUUUUGAGUUAUCCUUACAGGGGAAGCAAGAUGAAAAAUGUGCGAGCAUUUGCAGAAUUGAUCAAUCAAGCAUCAAACGCCACAAACAUCGAUGGCACACCUCACCUAAUCCAGAACUAUGCAAAUUUGUUCCUUCAACAGCACUAGAUGUGCAAGAAUUAAGAAAGAAAUAUAAAUUUACAGAAAGU